CAUAUUUUCAAAUAGUUUCACUAAUUUCAGUUUAUAAUAAUUACAAUAACCCUAUAAUGGACAUUAGAAUUAGAACUAACCUGUAUUUAAUUACGGCAAUAUUGCUGACAUCAAACUUUUUGACACUUUGUGAAGGUGACAAUGACAUUGAUCAUGAAAUAUUUUCUGAUCACUUAUAUGAUUUAGACCACUUGGACGACUUACAUGAUAUAAAUAAUUUUGAUGAUGAUAAAGUUAUUCAUAGAGUUGAAUUAGUUCAACAUAAUGGAGAUGCAAUGAAUAAUUUUGCAUCAACGUCUCAUACGAAUAAAGAUACAAAUAACAAGUUAUUUACUAACACAAUUCCAAUUAACCAGAAAUCUGAUGUACCAACCGCUUUUACAAAAGUAGUAAAACAAACGGUUAUAAAACAAUCUAAUAAUGACGGAAAUAAUUCCCCAGAAACCAAUGAUUUAUCAAUGGAAGAUAUAUUAUACAGUAAUAAUAAAUUGAAAGAAAAUGGAAUCGGUAACAUGAACAACAUUAUUUUGCCACCAAUACCUUCACAACCAGCUUCUGAUCUACAAGGUAAUAUAAAAAAUAUAAUACAUACUACAGUGACAAAAACUACUACAAGUGGAAGUCCGUCAAGUAAACUAAACGAAUCUUUUAAUAGAAUAAAUAAUUUAGACGCACUAUCUACAAUGAGUUCUGCAAACUCAAAUUAUAAUGCCGGAAUCGCAGGUUCAACUUCCUCACAAUCUAAUUCAUUGGAUGAAAAUAGUAACAGGAAAACAAUUUCAACGAUAGAAAAUAUAAUCGACGGUGACGGAAUGUCUACAUCAAAUAAUAUUGCAUCUUCAAUGACGAAUCCUUUAGGGUAUAAUACAGUAACUACCGCUACUGUUGAUAGGGAUAGUGAAUUUAAUAAAGGAAUCCCGUCCAGGACACAACAAACCAACUUAAACAAGCUUAAUUCACUUGGAAAUUUAGGGUCUGAAACUGGAGCUCUACAGAAUCCAAACUCGAUUGUACAAACCAAAACAACAAUAAUAAAAAAUGGAAGGGCAGCUGAUGAUUUUAAACUCAGUGAUUCAAAUGAUAAAAAAAUAGAUUAUAAUGUUGCAGCUGACGGAAUGUCUACAUCAAAUAAUAUCGGAAAUUUAAAUUAUGAUAUCAAAUCUUCAAAUAAUUAUGACAAUGAUAACGGCAGUGGUUAUAGUUAUAGUUAUAGUUUUGGUAAUGGUAUGAAUGUUGGUGACUAUGAUAAUAUUGGUGAUAUAAUUUCUUCCAGCCAUUUAAUGGAUGGAUCUUCAUCUGGGGGUUAUUCUACAUAUAUGUUAUUACAUAGUGGGUAUAGUAAAGGAAAUGGUAAACCAAAAAAAAUAAAGAAAAAUGGUAGUACGGAACAAUUUAAAGGCAGAAGAUCAAAAAAUAUAUCAUAUGGAAAAAAUAAAGGAAAUAGGCAAAUAAGAGUUAAAAAUGGUCGUAAUUAUAAAAAUACUAGAUCAUCAAAAAAUAGAAGUGGAGGCGAUUCUCAAUUUAAUUCAUCAAAUAGUUUCACAAGAGGAGGAAAAAACAGGUCUUCUUCGUCUUCAUCUAGUUUUUCAGAUGACUCAUCUAUGAAGAAUAAAGAGUCCUGUCAUUGUAAUAAGGGACGAAAAUUGAAUAAAAGAGAUAGUAGUGAAAGUCAUGAAAGUAGUCAUUCAAAAGAACAUCGUGGACCAGAGAUUAAUUAUCUAGGUAGUUCUAUGGAUAAUCAUCUAAUGCAAAAUAACGGCGACUUUGUUGCCAGAUUUCCACCACCACUACCUCCAUCCAUGGAACGUGAACCUCAAUCCAAUUUAUUAUUCAACCGGAUUCAAGGACAGAGACCAGAUCAAUCAUUAAAUCUUAGUCAAACAACAGUCUUGGAUAGACUAGAGAAAACGAGAAGUCAACUGAUUAACGAUCAACAAUUACCCAAUAUUGAUGUAUCAAAUCAAUAUUUAACACACCAAAUACCAAAUACGGGUUCACUAUUUAAGUCAGAUUCUCAACAAAGACAAUAUCUCGGACCACCUGAUCUAGGUCUAGGCCUAGGUACAGAACAAGGUCCAGGUAUACACCCAGGCCAUGACUUUGGUCCACAAGCUAAUCCAUUUGAUUCUAAACCAUAUUUUGUGGGUGACUAUCCAAAAUACUUUGAAAACAAUCUACAAUCACCAUCACCACCACCACCAUCACCACCACCAUCACAACCAACACAUCCAUAUUCAUUUAAUCUGGAUUUUUAUUCUGAUCUUUCGAAAAUGGGCUCAACUAUUCCUGAACUUACGGAUGUUCAGUCCGGACAAGGUAACCAGAUAAAUAUUUACAACGACUUACCUCAGAUGCAACAAGACAUUGAAGGCUCUGGGCUUAAUCGAAUGGAAGCAACGAAUUCAAGAUCUAUGACAACACGUACUCGAAGUCCCAUUAUUCAGUAUUUCAAAACAAUUAAAACAACAGAAAAUAUUGAUGGUAAUGAUGCUUCAGAUAUACGAAGCGUUCAAACUCAAUCAGUCCCACCUAAAGUCUAUGGUACUAUGUAAUAUAAUAUUUAAAAAAAAUUCAAAUGGUUAAACAAUGACAAUAGUUCAUCCCAUGUAUUAAGUGAUUAUUGAUAAACAACAAUAAAUUAUUUUGGCAGUACGAAUAAUAUAAAAUAAAAACGCCAAGGAAAAUUAAGGAUUAUACAAACCAAUAAAUAAACAGMUAAUUAUAACUUUCAUAUAGGUUGAUAUAGGCUCAUAUAGGUCUCAUAUAAUGAUUAAAAUGUUAUUGUUAAUUUUGAAUA